UUUAAGUCGCUCAAUACACUACAAAGCCGUAACCAAUCCUUCACAUUAGAGAUGGGCGAUUCCACUUCACACGACGAGCUUAUCGCACAGUGGCUGCAGGUCAACCCGGGCACCGAAGACCAGGCGCGGUUCUAUUUGGAGGCCAACAACUGGGAUCUGAAUGCGGCGCUAAGCAAUUUCUACGAGGAGCCGCCGCUCUCCGAGGGCUUACCAGCACAGAACCACGAGGAUCUGGCACUGCCCCAGGACCCGACACAUUCGGCCGCAGCUCCUGUUAUAUCCGCGCAAACCCUGGGCGGCGGACCCAUCCACGCGGCAUCCAGCGGCACGCCGCCAUCGAACUCGGCAGCAUCUUCAGUGCCGCGGCGCCGCUACGGCUCAGGCUCGCGCAUUGCGACACUGUCGUCGCUGGGUGACGAAGAAGAGAACGACGACGACGACUCGCAGGACUGGUAUGCGGGCGGCGAGCGCAGCGGCAUGGCGGUGCGCCCGCCUCCGCGGUCCAGCGACAGCAACGACGAGGGCGGGUCCUUGGUGGACCGGAUUCUGCGUCGCGCAGCUGAGGGCGGGGCGCCGCCCGAGCCUGCAGCACAACCGUCCGAGGCCGGAUUCUCUGGGCGCGGCCGUGCGCUGGGCGGUGCUGACGACGACGAGUACCAGCCGUCGGAGCCGAGCGAAACCGAAGAUGACGUGGCGGUCCGCCAGCUGACGUUCUGGCGCAACGGCUUCAGCAUCGGCGACGGCCCGCUGUACAAUACCGAGGACCCGCGCAACCGCCAGAACCUCGAGGCCAUCCUGCAGGGCCGCGCGCCGCUAGAUAUCCUGAAUGUGCGGCCGGGCCAGCAGGUCGAGAUGCGCGUGGUCAAGCGCACCGGAGAGGACUACACCCCGCCGCCGUCUGCUCCGCCGCAGCCGUUCUCUGGUCAGGGCCACCGCCUGGGCGGCAUCUCCCCACCCGUGACUGCUGCCCCGGCGUCGGGCGGUCUGUUCCACCGCCGCACGUCGUCGUCGUCAGCCAAGGCCGCUGCUCCGAUCACACUUGACCCGAGCCAGCGCACAGUGCAGGUGCAGAUCCGCAUGGCUGACGGCACUCGCAUUGUCGCCAAGGUCAACCCCUCGCACACCAUCGGUGAUCUGCGGGCGUAUGUGCUGCAUGAGCGGCCCGCAGCCAGCGCACGGCCGUUUAACUUCAAGACCAUGAUGCCGCCCAAGGUGCUCGACAACGACAGUGCAACCGUCGAGGAAGCCGGGAUCGCAAACGCUGCCAUCGCCCAGCAUUUCAUCUGAGCUGACCUUGGUCAAUUUUUCUGUUUCCCAAUCUUAUCGAUUUCCAAACCAGUCCGCUGGCCAUGCCGUAGUAUCUGACACCUGAGAGGGGCAUUCUGAGUAGAGGCUCCAGAUUGAUUCCGGUUUGAUAUGAUAUCCCCAGCCAGUGCACGGCUGAUGAGGAAGCACAUGUGCAGGACUGACCCUAAUCCAUGCCCACUAAGAUGGCCCUAGCUUUGGCCGACCGGAAAAUAUCGAGCGACUCCCGUAGUUGCCUGUGCUGGCCAUAUUAUCCUAGUCAGACACCUUGGCCCAGCCAUAACUAUAAACAUUUUCCUCUCCGAAUCUGCCCAUUCAUGUGAGAUGAUGUGUGAGUCCAGAACUAGCUCCUGCAGAGCAAGCAAAUAGCUGUUCUGCAAAA